AUGGCUGCUACUUCUCAAUCCCAGACUUCAAACCCUUUCCUACUGGCAGCCGACAACUCGCCCUCCCUCCUGCCGUUGUUGCGAUCUGACCCCUCUCUCGCAUCCGCCCAAGACGAGCAUGGAUACUCCCUUUUGCAUGCUGCCUGCUCGUACAACCACUUGGACCUGCUCCGGAGCCUAGUAAACGAAUUUCAUGUCAAUGUCAAUCUAGUGGAUGAGGAUGGUGACACAGCACUGUUUGUUGCCGAGACGCUGGACUGUGCAAAGAUACUAGUGGAGGAGUUGCAUGCGGACAUCUCAAUCAGGAACAUUGACGGCAAGACAGCGAGGGAGACGAUCGCUGAGGAUGACGACUUCCCCCAGGUUGCCGUAUACCUGCGAGUGAAGGAGUUGGAGGCUGGCAUACCCCAGACGAAUGGCGUCGCUGGUCCACCAGUGACCAAUGGCCAAGGACCUCCGCCGCUGGUACCUGAGGGUAUGAACAUUCAAUUCGGCGAAAUGGUCCCAGAAGAGGAACUUGGAGAAGUGGUUGAUCCAGAGUUCCGGCGGAGGAUAGAAGAGCUAGCAGCAAGGGAUGACUUCCAGGGCGAAGAAGGGCAAAGACAACUGCGAGAGCUCGUCACGGAGGUGUUGAGAGGCGAAGUCACAGAAAGGGAUGUGCGCAGACGGACUAGUUGA